GUGACUAUCGCUCAUGAGUAGUUUUAUUUCUUUAUAUUACUAUAAUUUAUUAAUAUGAAGAUAUUACAUUCAUUUGUGUAUAAUUAAGGAAACUAUUUCUAUCGAAUUUCUGCUUUUUUCUACUAUAGUUUAGUCAGAAAACCAUUAUGUUACCCGUUCUUCUAAUGAUGAAUCGAAUGUCGAGGCGUAGACGAUUAGUUAAAAUGCAACAAAUUGAAAUGAAACCAGCUGAAAAAGAGUGUUGUAGGACGUGCUUAAGCACUGAGAACUUAACGCCUAUAUUUAUAAGUAGAGAUAUGAAGAAAAAACGAUCUGAUGAUCUUAAACUCAUAACUGGCUUGGAGAUACAAUACAAUGAUGGUUUAUCGCAAAAAAUGUGUAGCAAAUGUAUAGAAAUGAUGAAAAUCGCAUUAAAGUUUAGACACACAAGUCGGAAAGCACAAAAGACCCUACUUAAUAUGAAACCAGAUAAAGUUAUUACCAGAACUGAUAUUUUUACUUCUAAAUUACAUAAAGUUGAGGCAGAGGUGUACAAUAAUGACUGUGGGUAUGAUUAUCAAGAUGACUUCCAAAAUACUGAUUAUCAGCCUUAUGAAGAACCGAAGAAGUUUAAACAGAAACUUACAAUGCCCAAGAAGAAGAGAGAGAAAAUACCGACAGCUGCGUCAUACAAAUGCAACACAUGUAACAAGGAAUUUCGAAUGAAGGCGACAUACAAGGCUCACAUGAGGUUCCAUACAAACUAUUGUGUUUGUGAGUCGUGCGGCAAACGCUGUCGCAACAACAACCAGUUGCAAGAGCACAAGCGCGCCCGACACGGCCUCGGCCGCAUACACAAGUGCGCAUACUGCGAAUACAGCUCCGCGACGAAGGAGGCGCUCACCAUUCACGAGCGGCGACACACCGGCGAACGGCCAUACAUCUGCGACCACUGCGGCGCGACUUUCCAUAGACGAUCGAAUCUGGUGCAGCAUAUCGCGAUACAUCUGCCCGAGAAGAACUUUCAGUGCGACAUGUGUCCCAAGCGACUGAAGUCCAGAAAGUUCCUACAGAUUCACAAACACAAUGCGCACACAGGCAAACGGUACGGCUACCUCUGCCCAGUGUGUGACCAUCGCUUCGAGAAGCCCAAUAAGGUGCGAGCACACACUCGACGGGUUCACGGCCUGCCAGAUGAUCAGCAUGGGCCUAUUGUGAGAGUGCAAUUGUGAAAAGUUUGAGUUAGAGAAGAGAAGAUAACGAGAAAAUGAGAUAUGUAGGGAUUAGAAGAGAAUAGAGCAAUGGAAGAACAAGACGACGAUACAUAAGAUACAUUAAAGAAGAAUCAUCAUCAUCACGUUUUUGAUUUUAACACAUUGUCACAUUGAAUGUGAUUUUUUUUGUAUUCUUAAAUAUUUUUUCUUUAUGAAGGAAAUAUGAUGAUUUAUUAUUUUUAUUUAAUCACACAUUGAUUUAUUAGCAUAGAGAAAAAUCUAGUCAAAUGUAUAAAAUUAAGCUAACAUGUAUGCACUUAUAUUGAU